AUGACUUCAUACCAAAACCAUAACAAUAACUACUCCGGUGGCGACUACAACGGUGGCGCUGGCGGCUUCUCCAACAGUAACUACAACGACACGACCUCUGCUGGCGGGUUUGGAGAGAGUUCGCAGUCCAAACCAGCGUUGAGACAGUCCAUCACGCCGGUCACGCUCAAGCAGAUCUCCCGGAGCACGCAAUUAGUCCCAGAUGGCGAAUUUACUGUCGGGAACUUGGAGUUGAGCAUGGUGUCAUUUGUCGGGAUUAUUAGAAACGUUAUUGACAACACGGGGAACGUAGUUUUGACGGUGGAAGACGGUACUGGUUCGAUGGAUAUCAAGUUAUGGGUGGAUAGCACUGAUUCUGCUGUACCGCCGAAUUACGAACUCAACAAGUACGCACACUUCACAGGGUCGUUGAGGCAGUUUGGGGGUAAGAAGACGGUGCAGAAUGCGACCGUCAAACAAAUCAUCGACCACAACGAGGUUACGUACCACUUUUUAUCUGCCAUUGAGGCGUAUUUGGCGUCUCAGGGCGCCACCCAGAAGAACCAGUCCGAAGGCUUGUUUGUAUCUGGUCCAGACGGUAGCGAGAUGGGCAAGAGUGAUGUUGACCGCGUCUAUAGCUUCAUCACUCAGAGAGCUGGAAGCAUGCCAGAAGGUGUACCUAUGCAAUUGAUUGCCACCUCAUUGGGCUUGAGAGAUGACGAGGUUACUGGCUACUGCCAGAGAUUAACGGAGGACGGCAAGAUUUACCAGGGCUACGAUGACAAUGGGUACCUUGCCAUUUGA